GGCGUUGAUGACAGCAGCAAACCAAACCUUUCUAAAGACUUUUCCUAGAAAACAAUCGCGCACGCGCCGUAGAAGGGCGACGCGUCAGGCUAAGCGCAGUGUUUGUGGGUUUGCUCUGGGUUUAUUCCUCGCAUCUAUGUACGGUAUGACAGCACUGUUUAUCCAAAACCACAACAUCAGCUUCUGCGUCAUCACUACCGGCAUCCUCGCCGCGGUAACCGGGUUUGGAUCGGGUCUCUCCGACCGCGUGCGAACCAACGUCAUGCUGAUGCUGCCAAUGUUGUGCUCGAGAAAGGGCACACAUUUCUUUCUUUUUCUCAUCUGUACUUUGGUUAUUCAAGGCCCAGUGAGCAACACAAUGGAGAACAUUGAACGUGCUGCAGACAGUGUAAUCUGUGGUGCAGAACUGGUCAUGAAUCAAACCCAGCAACUUAUACAGCAAUCCAGAAAUCCGCUGUUGCCGGCCCUGAAUAGGAUUAAAGCGAUAACGAGGAAUGCCUACUCAAUGGCAGGCCGAGCACAAAACUUAAUCAGCACACUGACGGAAUCUGUGCGGCAUGUCGCUGGUACUCUGAGAAAUGUCAUGCACUUUUUGGUGAAUAUCGGUGACCUGUGUAAUGAUAAAGUAGGUAUGCCACAUAAGAAGUGCACUACGCUGUUUGAUGGUGCCCGUGAGGACUGCAUGGAGCUGCUCUCUGUGUUCUCGUUCUUAUGCCACCUCCUGGAUGGAUUUCAGCCUCUCUGCGGUCUUGCACGUGUCGGAGAACUUUUCUGCAUCUUGCCAUCAUAUAUCGGCGACCACAUGAAGGCUGCUUUGGCUUUUCCAACCAUUACGGCAUUUGAUCGAAUUAAGAAGGGGUUCGAAUUCAACAUUUCCGCCUCUAUCCACUAUGACCUGCAUCAGAACAGCAGUCAGUCCAUGCAGGAUGCUGCUCAGGGGAUCAUGGAGGAGGUGUCCGAGGAGCUGGGUCUCCUCCAGGAGCUCAAGGUUCUACUGGCAUACAUGGGUUUCUUUCUGCUUCUCCUCAUGUAUCUCCAGGCUGUUCUGUAUAAAAAUAAGUACCUUCAUAAUGAUGAAUUUGACAACGUCUACAUAACAGAUCAGUUUAUUGAACUGGACAGGAAGUUCUCCAGAUUGGGCAAAGCGGCAGUACUUCCCCUCAGUCACAAAGAAACUCUCACCUACAUCAGGCCUUGCUCUAUGUAUCUGACUGUAAGUGAGAGACGGGCUGUGAUUGGUCAGGUGUUGUCUUUGCUCAGGUAUAUGGCUAUGAGCUGUAUACUGAUAGCCAUAGACCUUCUUGUUUUUUGGGUGUUUGAGUUGGUGCACCACCACGCUCAGAGCGAGAUUGUGACCAAAGCUCCUGUAGUGGUUGCGGUACAGGUGAACGGAUCUGGAUACGCUUCUGAUAUCUUUAGGGACAUUGUGGCCUCAAUUGACAUCUUGCAGAAAAGAAACAUCACUGUGCUCAGCAAAAAAUGUCUCAUAAAGCCCUUGGAGCCAGACUAUAUGAGAUACAUGCUUAUAGGUCUUCUUUAUGGAUUCACUCUGUUUAUUGUGUUUGCUGGUGGAUAUGUCAAACGCUUACAGAGGUUUGUUUGUGCCAGAUACCAUCCUCAAAGAGAAAAAAAAAGGAUCUGGUAUCUCCACAGUCACAUUCUGUCUCAGCGUCAGUCUUUAGGAAAAGCUUUACUGAGAGCUAUAACGCGAAACAGGGUGGACCAGCAAGACAAUGGCAUAAUACAAACUCUGCUCAAACGCUUGCCAGGAGGUAUCAUAAGCAGAUUCCUGAACAUCAGUGAAGAAUUGUGUAUGGCAUGUGGGAAGGUAUUGGACAAAAGAGGUUGUGAAAAUGAAGUGCAUAUCUGCCCUACCGCUCACUGCACAGGCUGUUACUGCUCCCCAUGUUUUCAACUAAUUGGAAACAUUUGCGCAAUCUGUUCAGGGGCCCUCACAUUCCAGGAUGCAGAGCAAGAGCUAGACUCCAGCGAUGAGGAGGAAAUCAGUUUAUGUGAGGAUGCUACACAGACAAGGCAGAGGCUAGAGGGGAGGGAACCAAUGACCAGUAGGGUACCUGAGCAUGAAGAGGAAGGCAAAGAGCACUCAGCCCUGGAGGACAAUGGGGCAAAGAGUUUGAGCUUAGUAACCCAGUCUGAACCCAUCCAAAUGGACCAGAAACCAUACGACCAUCAAAACAGAAACCAAGGCCAAAGCAUUUGUGUUUCAUUACACAGAUCUAGAGCUGGCCCUUAACACCCUGGUCACAAACUUCCACUCAGCAUCAUCCACUAAUGCUGACACUCUUACGGCCCAGGAAUUCCAAAACAUGCUUUCUCAAGAGAUUCCCGACAUGGUGAAAACAGCGGGAGACCAGGAAGGGCUAAACAAACUACUGAAGGACAUGGGCGUGGAGGAGGGGAAAAACGUCACAUUCAACAAUUUUUGGGGGCUGGUAAAUUCUUUAGCUACUACUCAAUUCGGACUGCAGAGCAAAGAGA